UUAGCCUUUUACUUUCACCAAGUGUGAAUUAAAAAAAAGACAUUGGCAAUGCUGAUGUAGAUCCUUCACCCAGAAGCUUUACACGCCGUGUGAGAGUUGAGCAAGCAAAUUUUUUUCCCAAGAAACAAUAUUUACUGCUUUUACUUUAACUUUAGUACUUCCAGACCAUGACACGAGAUGAUGACUUUGAUGUUGAUGACCUUCUAGAGGCUCCAUACAAAAAACAAGAAGAAAAUGGAAAUGCAUCAAGUGCCAGUGAUGAAGUCGAUACCAUCAUAAAGAAAAAGAAAAGUUCUAGAAAAAACCGAUCACGGUCAAGGUCAGUAUCAAAGGAAAGAAAAAAGAGACGUAGCCGUAGUAGAUCUGGAUCUAGAGAAAAGCGCAGACGUAGCCGCAGCAGGUCUGCUUCAAAGGAAAGACGCAGACGCUCAAGGUCAAAAGACAAAAGAAGAAGAAGUAGACGUAGUCGUAGCAGAUCUGCAUCAAGAGACAGGAGACGAAGGCAUAGUCGCAGUCGAUCUACCUCAAGGGAUAGAAGGAGAAGAAGGAGCGUCAGUCCUGUUAGAAGGAGACGAUCUUCACCUGAUCGCAGCCAGGAAGUGAAAUCUGAUGGUCUUGGCAAAGCAACUACGAAUGAUAGGGUACGUCGUAGCUUGGAUGGAGUGACCACAAUAUCACUAAGAACAGAUCGUGAGCGUGAAAUGGAGGAUGAUAGUAUAACCCAAGAAGAGAGGGAUGCUCGUACUGUAUUCAUUAUGCAGUUGGCCCGUAAUGUCACGAUACGUGAUAUUCAGGACUUCUUCAGUAAAGUUGGACAAGUUCGUGAUGUUCGAUUAAUUUCUGAUCGUAACUCAAGGAGAUCUAAAGGAAUUGGUUAUGUAGAGUUUACUGAUCCAAGUGCUGUAACAUUGGCAAUAAAGCUAUCAGGUCAACGUCUCCUUGGUGUACCAAUCAUGGUUUCGCCUACCAUGGCAGAGAAAAAUCGUUUUGCGGCUGCACAGGCAGCAUUGGUCAAACCACAAGGACCUAUGAAGCUAUAUGUUGGGUCUUUGCAUUAUAACAUUACUGAACCAAUGCUGAGAGCUAUAUUCGAACCAUUCGGUGUAGUUGAAAGUGUACAACUGCAGUACGAUACUGAAACUAACCAUUCCAAAGGAUUUGGUUUUGUGAAUUUUCGAGAUGCUGCUGCAGCCAAGAGAGCAAUGGAACAAAUGAAUGGGUUUGAGUUAGCUGGCCGUCCUAUGAAAGUGAAUACUGUUUCUGAACGUAUGGAUGGUUCCAUGUCCUUUUUAGAUGAUGAAGAAACUGAAAAAGGUGGCAUUGAAAUGAAUGCGCAAUCAAGAGCAUCACUAAUGCAAAAAUUGGCACAAACCCAUGGGGCAGGAAUGCAUGUGCCAACUGCUCCAGUAGUUCCAGCAAUGUUAGCGUCUCCUCUUACGCCCAUGGGUGGAAGUACAUGUCUUGUAUUGUCAAAUCUGUUUGACCCAAGGAAAGAAACAGAUCAAGACUGGGAACAAGACUAUCGAAACGAUGUACUUGAGGAAGUUACGAAACAAGGAAUAGUCGUGCAUAUAUCGGUCGACAAAGUCAGUCCAGAAGGAAAUGUUUACCUGAAAUGUUUAACAACAGACGUGGCAGGAAAAAUAAUUCAGUCUUUUAAUGGUCGCUGGUUUGCAGGUCGGACUAUUCGUGCUGUUCCUAUACCAGUUACGAAUUAUCAUACAAUGUUCCCUACCGCAGCAAGCGCCGUACGACCGCUUAAGCCGGAUCCAAGUUAAUUGACUUGAAGUUAUGAGUUCUGGAUUCCUAGACGCUCUUUGUGAAGGCGAAUACGUGAUGUAAGAAAAAGCGAAUGUCUCACCCGCUGUUGACGAGACGGAAGUUUUAACGAACAGUUGUGCAUCGCAGUUUAGCAUUUAGCUUGUAGAUUUUACUUAAGAAAUAUAUAAUGAAUACUAUUUUAAUUAUAGUACCUAACAAGAA